AUGGGCCUCUUCAGCACGCAUGGCCUUAUCGCCAACGAACCGACCGAUGUCGACGUCUCCUAUCGCUCACAGGAAGAUGCGGUUGUGGGAAGGCUCCUGCAUUAUUUUGCUAUGAUUAGUGCUCAGCGCUAUCCUAGGGACUGUGUGUGGGCAUUGAAGACAUAUAGACCAACGGUAUUUGCCCAUGAAAUUGCCACUAUGUCGGAACUGUCGGAUCCUCAUCGAAAGUCACGUUUGCUCUUCCGAAGCGGUGGGCUCUUGCAAGCAAAGCCGGCGGAACAGGAUGUCAUCAACCCAGGAGGGCCAGACUGCGCGUUUAAUGGGAAGAUGAGCCCCUACUACGAACUAAUCGACUUGAAUCGGGGAUUCUAUCUCUUCAGCACGUCCGGCCAUCUCCAGUACGUCGAAGCGCUGGAGGGAAAAGCAAGAGCAGUCGAAGAGCGGAUCAAAAUGUCGGACACGGCCACGGAACUACGCAAGAUUUGUGAGCAAAUGGGCAGCGACAUUUCACACGUGGUUGGCUCCAAAGGGUUGGACGCACUUGACAGCUCUGCAGCCGCCACCACUGUGGAGGUGGAAGUGCUAGAACGGGCUCUCGCCGAGCUGUCUAUCGCAAAGAUAGAAAGAAAGAAAGACUUGGACACGGAAGAGCUGAAGUUGGGUAAGAUUGUGGAAGCAGACGCGGAUUUGAGGGCCGAGAUUAAGAGCCUCGAAGUGGCAAACGCGAGGAGGGAAGAGGAAUGGCGAGAGCAGGUUGACAGGCGUGAUGGUGCAAAGGAGCGCAUCACGCUUUUGUACCACUAUCAAAUCCGCGAUAAUGUCAAGCUAAUGGGCGAACAUGUCCAUUUGAUAAAACAGAGACGAGUAGCCCGGCGGAGGCUUCGGCAACACCGCCAGACAGUGUUCAAGCUACACAAUGAGACCAGGGACCAGUCUCACGCCGUCGAGGAUCUCCAAGAGCAAUUGAGGAUGCAGGGGGCCGUGUCGCAGAAGCAAGAGCAGGCUAUCGAAACCAAGGAUACCACCAUUGGCGAGCUUCGACGUGAGCUUGGGAGCAAGAACGUGGAGAUUUGA